GUCACGUGACCAAGGGUCAAACGAUUCGCGGGAAACAACAUGGCGAUGGAGAUGACAGCCACGCCGCCGGACUCGGUGCAGUGUCCCGUCUGUUUUAAAGACUUUGAGGCGUCCGCAAUCAACGGACACCUCGACCUGUGUCUGCUGAAAGGCGUCAACCACAGCGGUCCGUCCACAACAGACGAAACCGAGCCUCCAUUGAAGAAGUCUCGCAUUAGCGCGGAGGCUGUGCCGCCGAGUCCCGGUGUCAACAACACCGUGCCCGCCUCCUCCUCCUCCUCCUCCUCCUCUUCUUCUUCCUCCACGCCGUCAGCCGCGGUAUUUUCUCUGUUUCAGACCCACAGGAGUAAACAGUCCGUUCAAAAUGAAUGGGCUGGAUCAUUUUCAAGUAAACAAACAGCUGUCACUGCUGUCAAUAAAGGGAUUAAACGCAGUUCGCCAAGCGAGGCGGAACCCGGAGCAGCAGGUCCGGAUCAUGUGAAGAUCCAGCCCUCCGGAUCAAACAGGCGGACUUUAAAUGAUUUAUCACCGCGGACACUGCUGACUAUAGACAAGCCCCUGGCGGAGAUACUGAGACCAAACACACUGGAGGAAUACUUCGGUCAGAAUAAAGUUGUUGGCCAGCAAACACUCUUUCGGUCGCUUCUGGACUCCCAGGAGAUCCCGUCAAUGAUCCUGUGGGGACCGCCGGGCUGCGGAAAGACCACUCUAGCUCACAUAAUUGCCAGCAGCAGUAAGAAAAAGGGCACGGCUCGCUUUGUCACUCUGUCUGCCACCAGCACGUCCACCAAUGAAGUCCGAGAGGUGAUCAAGCAGGCGCAGAACGAGCUGCGACUGUGUAAGAGGAAGACGAUACUGUUCAUUGAUGAAAUCCACCGCUUCAACAAAUCCCAACAGGACACCUUCCUUCCUCACGUGGAGUGCGGGACCGUAACUCUGAUCGGGGCCACCACAGAAAAUCCGUCCUUCCAGGUGAAUGCCGCCCUGCUGAGCAGGUGCAAGGUUCUGGUUCUGGAGAAGCUCUCUGUGGAGGCGAUGGCCUCGAUCCUCGACAGGGCCGUGGCCACACUGGGGAUCAGAGUCCUGGAGCAAGAGUCGGAGAAUCCCAAAGAUCAAGAUCACUCAGAUGGACACAUGCCAAAGAUCUUCAUUGAACAAAAAGCUCUGGACACCAUCGCCUACCUUUGUGAUGGUGACGCAAGAGCAGGACUUAAUAAUCUGCAGCUGGCUGUUCAGGCUCAAGUGAGCUCAUCAGGUCUAGAUGGCUCUCAGGAAAUACUGCUGAAGGAGGUGCACAUCAAGGAAGGUCUCCAGAGGUCCCAUAUUCUCUACGAUAAAGCUGGUGAAGAGCACUACAACUGUAUCUCAGCGUUACAUAAGUCUAUGAGAGGCUCAGAUGAGAACGCGUCUCUGUACUGGCUGGGCCGCAUGCUGGAGGGCGGUGAGGAUCCUCUCUAUGUGGCUCGCAGACUGGUCCGCUUUGCCAGCGAGGAUGUUGGUAUGGCAGAUCCCUCUGCUCUUCCUCAGGCUGUGUCUGCCUUCCAAGCCUGUCACUUCAUCGGGAUGCCUGAAUGUGAGGUGAUCCUGGCUCAGUGUGCGGUCUACCUGGCACGAGCACCGAAGUCCGUGCAGAUCUACAAGGCCUAUGCUAAUGUGAAGGCCUGUUUGAGGAACCACAAAGGCCCCCUGCCUCCUGUCCCCCUGCACCUUCGCAAUGCCCCCACCAGGCUGAUGAAACAACUGGGCUACGCUAAAGGCUACAAAUACAACCCAGCCUUCAGCGUCCCUGUAGAGCAGGAGUACUUACCUGAGGAGCUGCGGGGAAUCGACUUCUUCACCUGGACACCUUCGGAUGCAUGAGGAUCUGUUGUAAUGACUGAUGCAGCUCGCCGUACUAGGUUAAAAAUCAAGGCGGCUAUUGGUAAAUGAUCCAUUGUUGAGACAUAAUCUUAAUCAAAUUCCAACUUAGUUAGGAGUUCAUCAGUCAACCAUUAUGUCAUGUCCAGAUUGUUUUUACUUUUAAUUUGCAUUCUAAAUGUUCAUAAUGAAGUCUUUUCAAAUAACCAUAAAUACAGUAAAUAUACACACUGUGCUUUGCAU